CACUGAAUAUAAAUAUAGGCAAACCUCUCGCUCGUUGUUUGUUGUAAGAUUCGACGUUGAUCUGAACACCAGAAACACUGUAUUCAACAGGCUGUCGCAUAUUCAGACAUGGGUUCCCUAGUAAAACUGUUGAUUGCGGCUUGUGUGAUAGCUGUUGUUCUCCAAGAAACCAGGGCAGGAAUUGUAACCAAAAGACAAGACUCGGGUGACCAGAGCAAUCAGAGUAUGGAUGAAAUCUUCAAAUCCAUUGACACCGACGGAGACGGGUCCAUUAGCCAAGAAGAGUUCGAAGCUGCCACUGGCGGGGAAGAGUCUGUUGAAGACCAGUUUGAGUCCAUGGACAUGGACCAUGAUGGCAAGAUAGACAGUGAAGAAUUUGACCCCGAGAUGAAUCCCCCAGAACAGAAUGAGGCUUAAAACACAUGUUCACGGCCCUUGAACUUUCUUCCACCGGUCCAUUCUUUCAGUGGCAAGUCUUUUCUCUCAGACUUUGUUUAUAAAAACAAUACACCUAUAUGAACUGUGGUGGGCAUCAUUUUCUUGAUUUUGUCAAGAUUCUAUUAGUCGUCUUAUAUACACCUCCUUCACAAUAUUGCUUUGACGAAUAAAAGGGUUCUACAAAUCGCA